UCCUCGUUGCCGGCGCGACGCGCGAGCGGGGGCGCCGUAACAGAAACGCGUGCUGCUCUCUCCGCCUAGUCGCCUGUCCGCCAGCCCGCUCGUUCGCUCGCUCGCUCGCUCCUGUCGUUCUAUCCUCUCGCCCGCUUCUGGUGAAUUCGUAUGGUGAAUUAUUGAUCCGCGGCGGCGUGUGCGUGCGGAAAAACCGCCGUUGGUUGGAAGAGAGGAAGAGGGUAGAGAGUAGGGGGUAGAGAGAGAAAGAGAGAGAGAGAGAGAGAUAGAUAGAUAGAGAAAGAGAGAGAGCGUCGAUUGAGCAGAGAGGAGAGAGUAGGGGGGACGGAGCUGAAGCCGCGGAGUGGCGCAUGGCGGUGGCGCGAGAAAGCGCUUAAAGCGAGCACACGUACGGGGUGAGACGUGCGCUGGUUGGUGUGUUGGUUGUAUAUUGUUUUGAAAAGUGUCGCGGCGCGCGCGGACGCACGCGACGCAUCACGUCACGUCACAUCACAUCACAUCACAUCGCGUCGCGUCACAUCGGAUCCCAUCGUAUCGCAUCGCAUCGCAUCGCAUCGCAUCGCGUCGAAUCGCUGUGCCUCAGUCGCGAGACUCGCGAGGCGCCAAGUUGAAUCGGAGUACAUUGGCAAGAUCGUGUCUCUCAGUCUCUAGACGAAAGUAUAGAGCGAGCGAAGUGUACAUCCUUUGUGUCGCCUCCUUUGGUUGUCCAUAACACGUAAUAACGGUGUAUACGUCCAUCGCCUCGAGCGUUGAGUUUCGUUUUUCCGUUGCGCGAAUUACUUCAUCCAUCCGUCCAUGCGUGCGUAAACGCGAGACGGGAGCGAACGCGGGAAAAGCGUGCGUGGGUAAUGCAUGCGAGAGGCGUCGCGGCGCGACGCGCGACGAGGAAGUUAUUCGAGGGAGACCGGUGAGUACCGAGUGUCGCGGAGUGACGAGAAACCGAAGGAAGGUAAUCCUUUCCGUGAUCUUCGUGCCCCGAAGACGGGACUGUGAAAUUGCGAGGGACGCGUGAAACGACGUGUAAUCCAAUCCAACCCGGGGGGUCAGGAGUGUCAGUAGUGUAUUGUCGUCGUCGGACUACGCCGACGACGACGGAGAAAAGGUGGAGGAGAAGAUCAGUGCCGUCGCGCGGAGGAAACUUGAGGGGAAACCCGACGUUUUGUGUCGUUUUGUCGUACGAUCGCUGCUGAACGCGCUCCGAUAAUCCCGGAGGAAGGCAACGUCCUAUCUUCGCCACCGCGGGGCUUGGAUGGAUACUGUGCAUUAUUUCUGGAGCAGUGCGGUGGCUGCAGCCGACACCAUUUCCGCGCCGUGGACCCCCGCGAGUUCCGGGCCGCCGCCCGACGCCAACGGCUCCGGCUCGGAUACGAAGAACCUCGACGUUGGCGAAAUUAGCGAUGACGAGAAGGACUUGUCGGCAGCGGACGCGGAGGGUGUGUGGUCGCCGGAUAUCGAACAGAGCUUCCAGGAAGCUCUUACCAUAUAUCCGCCAUGUGGUCGACGCAAAAUCAUCCUUUCCGACGAAGGGAAGAUGUACGGUCGCAACGAGCUGAUCGCCCGUUAUAUCAAAUUGAGGACCGGUAAGACGAGAACGCGAAAACAAGUAUCCUCGCAUAUACAGGUUCUCGCGAGAAGAAAACUUCGGGAAAUACAGGCAAAACUUAAAGUGGAUCAUGCCGCCAAGGAGAAAGCGCUCCAGACAAUGUCAAGCAUGUCAAGCGCCCAAAUAGUAUCAGCUGGAAGCGCGAUACACAACAAGAUGCCCCUCAUGGGCGGGACCCUUGCCCUUCAUGCUUCCACCCCUGUCUCCUAUCCCGGAGCGCAAUUUUGGCAGCCAGGCCUGCAACCAGGAACGUCUCAGGAUGUCAAACCCUUUCCUCAGCCUGCUUAUACCGGAAAACCUGCGACAGCGGUCUCGAGCGGUGAUUUGGUCCAAGCGCAGCCUGCACCACCAUGGGAAGGACGUGCUAUUGCGACUCACAAACUCAGGCUUGUUGAGUUUUCGGCCUACAUGGAACAACAAAGAGAACAGGAGAUUUACCACAAACACCUAUUCGUCCAUAUAGGAGGUUCCGCGACAUACGCCGAUCCGCUAUUGGAAGCGGUCGAUGUUAAACAGAUAUAUGACAAAUUUCCGGAAAAGAAGGGCGGUCUUAAAGAACUAUACGAUAAAGGACCGCAAGCAGCUUUCUUCCUCGUUAAGUUUUGGGCUGAUCUCAAUAGUAACAUCCAAGACGAAAGUGGAGUAUUUUAUGGCGUCACGAGCCACCGUUCACCUAUGUGCGAAUAUAUGAUUAAUUUCAUCCACAAACUGAAGCACCUGCCAGAAAAGUACAUGAUGAAUAGCGUUCUCGAAAAUUUCACCAUCCUUCAGGUUGUCACGAACAGGGAUACGCAGGAAACGUUAUUGUGUACGGCAUAUGUGUUCGAAGUAUCGGCAUCUGAACACGGUGCUCAGCAUCACAUAUACAGAUUGGUCCAAGACUAG